AUGGCAAAGGGAAGGGUGAACGCUGGAUUCACCGUAGGAUCUACUACAAUGCGGUCUAUAGUGAGGUUGGCUGGAGGCCACGAAGCAAUGGCACUUUACAAUGCCACUAUCACCACUGUCAUCAAGAUGAGUCAAUUACGGUCGGCAGGUCAUGUGGCGAGAAUGGCUGAUGAUCAAAUCCCGAGGAAGAUAAUUCAUGAAUGGAUGUGGGUGGACAAAGAUGGCAGGAUUCCGGUCCAGCUCACAAGGCCAGGUCAACUCAGCAGUGGCUGCAAAAGAACAUACCAGAGUUCAUCUCUGCCUCUGCUGAUUGGCCCUCAGGAAGCCUCGAUCUCAAACCACUAG